AUGUGGUUCUUGCUGAAGCUGGUUGUGAUUCUUUUCUGCAUCAAGAGAGGAGAGGGUCACUGGCUGAGGUCACUAAUCGAUCAGAAACAAGGAACAACCUCUCCACACUUUGUAGUGAAUGUGGACAGAAGAAACAGAGAUCCAGCUGCAGAAGAUGGUCAAACAGAAGCUUCUGGAGUCGGUCCAUCCCCUGUUCCCAUGGUCCGGUCUCGUCGCUCCACUCUAGACUCGCAGUGCAGCCUGCGCUCCAUCCUGCUGCAGGUCCGAGACCUCGGGCUGGGCUACGACUCAGACGAGACCGUCCUCUUCAAGUACUGCAGCGGGAUGUGUCCACACGCUCGCUCCAACCACGACCUCACCCUCACCAACCUGCUGAUGAGCGGGUUGCUCCCUCAACCGGCACCAGGGGAGCUGUGGCACAACACGCCCUGCUGCAGGCCCACCCACCAUGAGGACAUGGCCUUCCUGGACAACUCCCACCGCUGGCAUAAGGUGGAGAAGCUGUCAGCUGCGGACUGCAGCUGUGUGGGAUAGACAGCAGGGUGUAGAGGAGAGGAACUAAGAGGGUGUAUGAUGGUUUUUGAGGAUGAUUUUACCGGCAAGUUCUCUUAUUAUACGCUUAAAUUAAGAUUUGUAUUCUAUUCCAUUCAUUAAGCUAAAAUCUA